GAAGUGAAAAUAGAACUCACCGAUGAUUCCUCAUCUCUGAAGCGCUCAUCCAAUGGACUUUUCGAGCUCUUUCUACACAGCUGCGGCGGAGCUGGCGCUGUGCCACGUUCGGGAACUCUUCCUCGAAGAGGACAAACUGACUACAUGUGCGAAGUGGAUCCAGUGGAUAAGCGAGGAAGACGUCGUUCUUUGGCUAAUCUGGAUUUGCUUGACGCUUCUGAAAGUACACAUCCGGCCAGCAGUGUUGGAGGGACUAUUGUCAGCAGGCGGGCAGGAGAACAUCUUGCAGAGCUGUAUACCUCCAAUUCGGAAAAUUUUUACAAUGAUUCCGCUAGGUUCUCGGCAACGGCAUCUUCGUCGCUUUACGAGCCGCUGUGUGCUAAUGGCGGCUACAACGACGGGGGUAAGGUGCGUCGACGAAAACCGCGUAAGGAGCGUUUUCGAAAGGCAUAUGUGCCGAGCACGAUAAGCUCAAUAACAGAAAGCAGUAUGACUAGCUUGUCUCUUCCAAGGAUACUAGAAGUGAACUUGUCGAUGAGAUCUACACCGUACCUCGGUAUUUCCGUUGGAAGUUUUCAGGGUAGCAUACUCGUCAGCGAAAUAUUGCCUGAAGGCACCUUGAUAAUUAAGUUUAUAGACGGCGCUGUUGCAAAGGAUGGCCGUAUAGAAGUCGGUGAUCAAAUCGUCCAAGUAAACAAUCGAUCAUUUGAGAAUCUCACGGAGGCACAGGCCGUGCGUGUUCUCCGGGAAGUUGCCGCAGCAAAAAAGCCGUUGGUGUUGUUUGUUGCGAAAUAUUCUCGAGGCAAUGAUUAUGAUCCGCUUUCAACGCUUGCAUCAGAAACGCUUCCACUCGACGUUUCACUUUGGGUUCAAACCGCCGCGCAGUGCUCUGAGCGACAGCGCAUUUAUCGUGAAAGGGGAUUGUCUGAUGAGCUGACGGAGACGUUUGACGAAAAUACGCUAGGUACCAUGAGGGAAACCGACGAUGAGGAGGAGCGAGCGCUGUACGAGCAAAGACGGCAUGGUGUGCCUCAAGUGAAUAUUGAGGAGCUUGAGAGAAGGCGAGAAAAUGAGCAAAAUGAGCAUAAAGCUACUCAACGUCUGUCAAUAACAAUGGAUCCCGUAAUAAUCUUGAGAGCGCUUGCGAGGCCAGAUUCUGGUUUGCAGGUGAAAAACAGAAAGUGGCUGAAAAUCCUUGUACCCAUGUCAUUUAUAGGCCGUGAUCUCGUUGAUUGGUUGCUGGAGCAUGUAGAAGAUUUAAGCGAUAGGAAAGCGGCACGCCAUUACGCAGCUGAAUUGCUCAAGGCUGGGCUUAUCCGUCAUGUAGUCAGCAAGCUUACUUUUACAGAAAAGUGCUACUAUGUCUUUGGUGAUGCAGUAGUUGGUGUCAGGGGCGGUGCUGAUAGCACUCAGAAUAGUGGAGGAACAGCGAAGGUUGAGGCGACGACAGAGGUGACCUACGUGGGUUCACCGGCGCCCACUGGCGGCCACCACGGUAACGUUUUACGACCAUUCGGCCAGCAACAGCCCGCAGGACCGCAUCAGGUAGCCGAUCAAACUUGGCCGUUCAGCCCGAUAACGGUGUUCGAUUCGUCACGAAGGUUUAGAAAUGGCUGUGAAAGUCCAAUGGUACGUUGCUUAUGA